AUGACGCUAGAUUCAUCCUCACCACCACAACCCCAAGAUUCUCUCUACACGUGGAAUAACAUUCUUUUCGAACGAUGGCUUGCAGGCAUGCCCAAGGGGUGUUUACCAGAAGCAAGCCAGCAGCGUUUGCACAACGCCGUGGGGUUAUUUCCUUUACCAAUAUUUCAUUUUCCGAGUGCAGCGCUCUUGUUGGACGGCGGUGAAGAAGCCCUGAGUCUGUCCUCAGCCGCUUCGAAGACAACGUCGAAGCAUCUUGAUGCGUCACUCAGUGUGGGAGACGAAACCAAAGACGAAACUAUAGCUGCAAAUGAUGUGAGCACAGUCGUCGCACCACUGGCUGCCUCGCCUUUUGGUUUUGCCAGCACUGCUGCCUUUCAUAACCGAUUGCGGGAGAAGGUCGAUGGCGGUAAUAUGAGGGCUGUAGUGGAAAGGCGUUGCCAUGGAUUUUCCUGCGAAGGGGAAUUUCCGACCAUAUCUACCUCAUCGCGAGCGGGACCAAAUACGGGCUCUGUGCAGGUGCAAAGAAAGCGGUUGAGACAGCCUUCCUCGCCAAAGCUAUUUCAGACCGAGCUACAACCUGGCGGCCUUGAUCUCCGCACACGAGGGGGAUCUGCUAAGUCCAACAUGCGGACACCUAUCGCCGGAGACCAGAGGCAGGACCCCAGGCCCCAUACCGUAGGGCCAUUGGCUACUCGUAUUAAGGAAAACGACGAUGUAUUGAGUGAGUUACUUCUUGGGGACGUAUCAAUCUCCUCUGUCGCAGAUACCUCACCCCUUCCGUCGCAAUUGCACUCGAGCUCGGCCGCUACUACCGCUGUUUGCCAGAAACCCGUGACCGCGAGCGGUAUACCACAAACGUUACCCCUUUCUUUCAAUUCAGAAACUCUAAAUGGGCUACGGAGCCGGUGCGCAGCCAACGGUCUGCUUACUUCUGGAACUAAAAGUGACCUCUAUCAUCGGUUAAUGUUGUUCCAGGAGCGACAAGAGCGGGAUCUCUGCGUGCAGCCCCCGCGCCAGCCCACAAACAUGACCCUUCCAAGCUCAGUAGCUUCGCCCAUUAGCGGUGGCUACUCUACAGGCCCGCCUGAGAAGCGGUCGCCAUCGCCGUCGCCGCCUCCACGUUUCCCUUCAUUUUCUCACCCUUCGGACGCUUCAUCAGAUCUCCCGCAGCUAAGGGAGAUUUCGAAUGGAUUGAUUUCAGCCGGAAGGGAGGGCUUAUCGCUGUCGCUGUCGUCUCCUCCGCCCAAACGAACCGUUUUCCGAUAUCGCUCUGGUAUCAGCGAGCCGCUGCCGUCUAAUGACGAAGCUGGCGGGACUUCUCUGGGCUUGGGGGAUUUAGAGAACACGUGGGGGCCCAAGCUUUCUGUCUCAUCGCGCGACGCCGCGAUCCCAGAGAGGGGUUUACCACCGUGCCGACACGUUGUCCCGACGCCCGAUCUUUUCAUUAAGGAGUUGCUUAAUGACUCAGAGCGAUCGGCCCGUCUCCGGCCACUUGCACGUGACAAGACUAAGAAACUCGGUAUCCUGCCUGGUGAAGCGAUGUCUCCGGGGGGGUCCACUGCGGGAAAGCCGGUGGUGACGGAAGCGCCAAAGUGGCAGUGGCUGGUGGACACCCGUGAGCGAGUCCGAGGCAAACAUGAAAGUAUGCUUGCGCUGCUUGAACGACAGCACGUAUCGUGCGCAUCAUGUAUGCUACCCUGUGGGGACUUUAUGCUGAACGUCGACGUAGGUGCGUGUAGAGCUGAAGGAAACGUUUCUCAGUACCAAUGCAGUGGCUUUCUUCAGAGCAGCAAUACUACUAAUGCCAAUGACAAUACAGCAUCAGCUGUGCAACAGGACUCAACACAGCCGAUGUCGCUUCAGUCCCUGCCGCUGUAUCCGCACCUGUGUUCAUUUGUAGUCGAACGCAAGACAGCGGCUGAUCUUGAUGCUAGUAUUAAAAGCACUCGCUACCUUGAGCAGCGCCACUUGCUGAUUCAGUCGCGCUUCCAACUUGUUGUCUGGUUGAUUGAAGGCUCAGAGAUAUCCACUGGCAGAGGGCACCGCAGUAAUGGUGCGUCUCGCACCGUUAAUGCGGGCAAUUCUCAUCUUAGCCAUACCCAACCUCCCCUUCAACGUGCAAAUCGACAAUCCGAUAAUGAGGGGGUUAGUGAAGAAGGAAUUGAGUGCGGUCUAAUAGACAAGCGCGAUGGCCCUUGCGGGAUUGAGGCUGCCUUUUCUAGCCUCGUUCCUGAAGGACAGCGGCGUGUGCAUUCGGCCUGCAUGUCGCUCUCUCACCAGAUAGGCUUUUGUGUCGUGCGCACCCGGACUGUCCAGGAAAGUGUAACCUUCCUAAAACAGUUAGGCGCAGCCAUGGCUCAACAGGUCGCCAGUACCCUGGCUAUGGGGUCCCCAUUGGUUCCAAGUAAUUUCUGCACCAUACCGCGAUUACCUUAUUCAAAGCGUGCUAUCGAUGAUACAGAACCAUCUCACUCAUCCUUUCCUUCGUUACUACCAACUAUGGCGUGUUUGCGGCGUCUUCAGAAGCUACAAAAGUCAUUGCGUGCUGAAACUGCCUUUCCACGCAUGCUUAUGUGCAUCCGUGGCUGCUCCUUUGCACUAGCACAAACGUUGUUCAAUAAAUACGGCAGCUUCUACGGUCUCUGGAGGGUGCUUCAGGAGCGUGGUGCCUUGGCCUGCGACAUGGACGAUGAUAUUGUGAAGUUAUCCGUGCCUCAGAGAAAGGUGUUCGUACUUCUUAGUGAAUUUCUGAUGGCUAAAGAAUAUUUCUAA